CAAAGAAGCACCUUGAGCACUUCGCAUUUCACUAGAACCUCUCCCGCCAGCAUCAUGCCCCGGCUUGUACGCCGCCGACCGUUGGCCGAACGGAUCAAAUCCUACUUGAACCCGCUGGACUUUUUGCUCUGGCUGUCCGAAGAGAUCGAUGCCAAUGAUUGGGAUCAGUUUGAGAAGAACUGGUCGAUCACCCUGGGUGUGAUCCUGAACAUUGUUUUCCUGGUUGCGAGAGCCAACAGUCAAUCGAGCGGCAGUCGCGCCGUCGACGAUGUCUUCGGCGAUGAGGAGGGUGCGCCUUGGUUGAGUUGGCUUGCCUCAUUCACUGUUCAUCUGCUCGUUUGCUUCGUCGGCUUCAACACUUUCUACACUUUCUACCGCAAGCGACACUAUCGCAUGUUCGAAUCCUCGAUCGACAAGGCCCCUGCCACGCCGUCAGCUCAUCGUGUGCGCGUCGAUUCCACUCCUGUGUCGGCUUCACCGAUGCGAUAUUUUGCUCAGGUCAUAACCGGCUCAGCGCAAUCGAGGGCGCACCCCAAUGCGCAACGCGAUGUUUGGGAACUUGCGGUCUGGGAUCCCCUGCCGAUCUGUUUGCGCAUAUUUUGUCUCUUCAGCCCCGCGCACGUUCUCGUCUACUGGCUUUUCCUGCCUACCCAACUAUCCGACCCUCGACCGAGUGUGACGUUCGUGACCACCAUCCUCCUGACCAGCUUGCUUUCGCUGCAAAUGAGUUUCCUAUCGUCCUCGUUCACCCAACAAGCGAAGGAUUCUGCGCUGGUACACAAGGAGGUGCUUAAGGAAUAUGAUGUUAAAUACGUUCACCCUCGAACCCAGCCUUUGAUGCGAGAUGUCGCUACUCAGUUCUCGGAGACAGACGCCACUAAGCCUGGCUCGGACGCCAAAAGCAACAAGGUCGAUACGUUUACUCCAACCUUCAUCAUUCAACGGGGAUUCAAAACUAGCCCCAACCCCAACUAUGUCAGCCAUGUCGACCCUGAAGGAUUGUCCUCGGGGCGUCAGUCUAUGGCCGCUACGCCUUCAGCGUCUUCGAACCACCAAUCGUCGUUUCAAACCCCUAGUCACCUACGAGACGCCUCUCCAAUUGUCCGAAAACCUAUAUCUGCAAUCCGCCAACCCCAGUUUCGCAAAACCCCUUCGGCAACUGGGGACGGUGGUAGUCUCGGUAUCUAUUCACAUGCCAAUUCUCCUCUGAGGAAAUCUACAUCCACGUCGACGAAUUUCGAUCGUCGACCUCAAAAUACCGGGGAAUUCUUCUACAAGGACCGAGGGGCCAGUCCUAUUAAAAGGCAAUCUAGUCCGCUCAAGAGGAGCAACGUGCCGGGUGGGAGUCCGCUCGCACCGACACCAAGACGGAGUCAUCUUGAUUCUCGCCGCGACACAGGAUAUUUCUAGCUCUCCCAGUUAGCUUAAUUGUCAUCAUGGGUUACCCUGUCAGAGUUGCCCCCGGGCGCAACCGCAUCUGCAUUAUCACAUUGUUCGAAGCACAUAUGGCUUGAGACUAUGGGUCAUCUUAGCAUUGGAGCGCGGCGCUUUGUUGAUAUUCUACUUUUUCUUGGUUUUCUUUUCUUUUUCUCUUUCUGGGGUUCCUAAGCGCAUGUUCCUGGCUUCCGGUUCCGGGGUAUCAAUGACCAUUGGCCCAAAACGAGCUCAGGAAUGUAUGGAAGCAUCGCCAGCCACUGUAUCAUAUGUUCGGAAUUCUCCUGCAACGGCUCGGUAGGAAGAUUGAGCUCUCUGGUCCGAAUUUCGCUACAAAGUUUCGCAAGUUCUCGGCAUUUUGUACUGUUCAUUGAGCGAGGAGCUUUCCGUAUAGCAUCCCGAAAAGAGCCAGGCUGUAAUGGC